AUGAACAGGGAAUUACAGGAUCCGUUUGCGCAAGAUUUUCCAGACACAGUAGAAAGUUCGCUCGACUCGCUAGCGAUCAUCACCAAGUUCAAUCCUACGGGGAUGUUUUGCGGGCAAUACCUGGCCAUUGGCAGACUGGACGGCUGCGUGACGAUCGUUGAUUUCGAGACCAAGAGGACGAUCAAAUUCUUGAUGGGUCAUGUCAAGCCGAUCACUUCCUUGGAUUGGAGUCGCAAUUCUCGUUAUCUGUUGAGCUCGAGUAGGGAUUGGAACGUCAUCAUUUGGGACUUGAAAUCCGGCGAACGCAAGCAGACCAUCCGCUUCGAUGCCCCUGUUACCAGCGCCCAGUUCCAUCCGAUUAACAGAAAACUGAUCGUCGUUACUCUUCAAAGUCAAGAGGAAGCUAUUUUUGUCGAUCUCCGUUCUCAGGGUGGAAGAUGGGAAUUAGACGCGCGACAAUCUCACCAAUCUACAAACCCAGAAGAGGAUACAUCUACCCUCGAGAGCCCGGAGAAAAACAAGGCUUCCUCCGGCAAACGUGGAUCGCGCCGAAAGAGACAAGCUGCUACCGUUGCUAGAUUCAACCCCAGUGGUGACUUGAUUUAUGUUGGAACUUCUCAGGGUACAUUACAUUUGUUUGAUUGUAGAACUAAAGUGUUAGUGCAUGUCGAACAAAUCUCGAAUAACAACACGAUUAAAUCGAUGGAGUUUGAUGCCAAGGGGAGCUCGAUAGUCUUGAACUCGAACGACCGAAUAAUCCGCGUGUAUAGCUUGAAGUUCAAGGCUGGAGAAUUGAUCCCAUCGAUGAUCUUGGAUCACAAGUUUCAAGAUACCAUCGUUCGGACUCCCUGGCAAGGCUGCGGAUUCGGCUCGGAAUAUGUGGUGGCUGGGGCAGGCCACAAGGACUCCCACCAGAUAUUUAUUUGGGAUCGUAGUUCAGGUACAUUGACCAAAAUCCUGGACGGACCCAAGGACCCUUUGGAGGCGUUUGAUUGGCAUCCUACUCGACCAAUUGUAGCCUCGGUUUCAAUCCUGGGGUUGAUCCAUAUCUGGGUCACUGGCGUGACUGAGAACUGGAGCGCAUAUGCGCCUGGGUUCGACGAACUUGAUGAGAACGUUGAAUAUCGUGAAAGGGAGGACGAAUUUGAUUAUGAAGAUGAAUCGGAUCUUGAAAGGAGAAGAAAAGAUGAACAAGAAGGAACGAUCGAAAUCUUCAAAGCUGAAGAGAAUGUGAAUUCAAAUCGAGUCGAAGUUCAUAAAAAACGGAGGAAACUGCUGUUAUCUGCGGGGAACGGAGACGAUCGGGAACUGUUGAAACAGUUGGACGAGGUCGAGCUUGACGAGUUUAUCAUGUUCGAACUCGAUGAGGAGGACUCAAAGGACGACUUCUUUAUCCCCAUCGAUUAUCGUCUCGAAUUCCAACACCAUACUCAUAGUAAUAAUAAUGCCCAUGAUCAUGAUAACAAUUCUCCUGCCUUUGCAACUAGCAGUCCAUAA